UGCAAGGCAGGAUCACAGCACAAGCGUUCGGUUUCGACCAGCACUUUAAGCCCUAUCAAAAGGAUGAAUUUGUUAUGGCAUUUUUUAAUGAUGAAAACGUGAACUCCAGUUUAAAGUUGCUUUCAGCUUCAGGACAGUGGACUACAUUGGGUUCCAAAGUGACAAAAACCGAAGCUACAGUGGUGCCCUGUACACAGAUUUCCAUGUCAUUCUUUGAUCGGCUCUACUCUGAAGGAGUUGUUAGAGAAACUGGAGAUAUUGUGAAAUGUUAUGAUGAGUAUUACGAUGAUGUUCUCAUCUCUGACGAAUUAAGGAAGCUCUUGCUUCUGGAAGAUUCAGACUAUUAUGACUUAUUCAGUCAAUCAGAUCGCCAGGAAUUUCUGUUCUGCCUUUUUAAGCAUCUUUGCAUUGGAGGAGCUCUUUGCCAGUUUGAAGAUGUAGUUGGCCCAUACUUAGAAACUACAAAAGCUUUAUAUAAAGACUUGGUGAG